AUGAGGUUCCGACAGCGCCGUGUGGCGGUCACAGCGGACAUCAAGGAUAUGUUCAUGCGUGUCACAAUACGAGAAGAAGACCGAGACAUGCAACGGUUUCUAUGGAGAGGAGAUCGACGCCAGGGUCCAGCUGUCGAAUAUAGGAUGAAGAGCGUCAUCUUCGGGGCCACUUCGUCGCCAUGCACGGCGAUAUACGUGAAGAACAAGAACGCCGAACUACAUAAAGAAGAGUUCCCGGAGGCGGCUGCAGCGGUGGUUGUCAAUCACUAUGUUGACGACUACCUCGCUAACUUCGACACUGAAGAGCAAGCCGUACGAGUCUCAAGCGAGGUCGCCUACAUCCACAGCCGGGCGAACUACUAUCUUCAGCGCUGGGCAUCGAACUCGCGCCAUGUACGAGAAGAGUUCUCACAUAGAAAUGAAGAGAACAUGGUGCAACUCGACGCUGAGAAGAUACUGGGAAUGGUGUGGCGGCCUGAGGAAGACAGUCUCGGGUUCAACUUCAACGGGAACAAACUUCCGUUACACAUCAUACGAGGCGAACGCACCCCAACGAAGAGAGAAGCCCUCCGCGCCGUUAUGUCGCUGUUCGACCCAUUGGGCCUGGCCACACCCGUCACAAUACAAGCCAAGAAGAUAUUACAAGAAACAUGGCGCACGGGUAUCGGCUGGGACACCGAACUGCAAGAACGGGAAGCAGCAGCGUGGCGGAGCUGGAUAUCGCACGCACAGCAGUUACCCCACUUGGUAAUACCACGGUGUUACCCCGGUGUGGCGACGGCACAUACGACGGAGCUUCACACAUUCGUCGACGCGAGCUCAGAUGCAUACGCCUGUGUCGUAUACUGGCGGGCCGUAUGCGUGACCGGCGAGGUGCGUGUGUCACUCAUCGCAGCCAAGGGAAGAGUGGCCCCUUUGAACAAGGUCACCACUAUACCACGCCUGGAGCUGCAAGCGGCCGUACUAGGGAGCCGCCUGUCACGCACGGCUGUCGAAGAACACGAUUUGAAACCUGCCCGUCGUGUCUACUGGUCGGAUUCGCGUACCGUACUGUCUUGGUUACGCACCGGGCCGCGUGCAUUCAAGCCCUUCGUCGCUCACCGAGUCGCUGAAAUUAUGGAAGAUACGAAAACGAACGAGUGGAGAUGGGUGCCGACGGCCGACAACGUCGCGGAUGAUGCCACACGCGACGUGCCACACCACUUCACUUCAACACACAGAUGGUUCCGGGGGCCGCAGUUUCUAUAUCGACCAGAAGAAGAGUGGCCUCAUGAAGACGAUUCCCACCAGACGGAAAAUACAAGCGAAGAGCGCGCCCACACAAUACAAGAUGCAACACGAUUAUCUCGAGCGUUGCCCGAUCCCGCGCGAUUCUCCGACUGGAUGAAGAUCGUCCGCAGUACGGCCCGCGUAUUGCAAUUUAUAGAUAAGUUACGACCACUCAAGCAACACUGCGCCGUCGCUACCCACAAGAGAAACAAAAAACAUGAAGACGAUCCCACGUGGCGAAGCAACAAGAUAAGAAAACCAGGACCGUCGAAAAGAAAAAACGUACGUGCGCCUGUGUGUUAUAUACCCAUAGAUACACACUACUUAGAACGCGCCCGUCGGCUAUGGAUCCGCUCAAUACAAGAAGAGGCAUUCAGCAUCGAUAUAGCGGCGUUGCGACGCAAUAAACAACUGCCGUCGAGUAGUCGACUUAUACAGUUGUCCAUUUUCAUCGACAAAGACAAUGUGCUGCGACUCCGCUCAAGGGUGUCGGCUGCCGCCGAUCUGUCCGCAGAGCAACGGGAACCACCCAUAGUCGACGGUCAACAUGUAUGGGUACGCCUGUACAUAGCAUGGGUGCACAGAAAACUUCAUCACGGGGGCUUCGAAACCACUGCGAACGAGGUGCGUCAACACAUGUGGGUGUUGCGCCUACGACAUGCCGUUCGUAGUGAAUUGAAGAGAUGCCAAACGUGCCGCAUCAGGAAAGCAGCACCAGCACAACCAUCAACGGGCAACCACCCACGCAGCAGGCUGGCACAUCAUCAGCGGCCGUUCACCUUCACCGGCCUAGACUACUUCGGGCCGAUGACAGUGACGGUGGGUCGCACGCAUCAGAAGCGGUACGGCGUGCUGUUCACAUGUCUCACCACGAGGGCUGUGCACCUGGAGAUCGCCGGCAGCCUCAGCACCGACUCCGCAGUAAUGGCUCUGCGGCGCUUUAUAAGCCGCCGCGGGUGCCCCACGGAGCUGUGGUCGGACCAAGGCACCAACCUCAAGGGUGCCGACCUCGAGAUGAAGAAAGCAGCCGCUGAAGCCAUGGAAGAAGAGUCGUCGGUGCGCUUUAUACGCUGGCGCUACAUACCACCGAGCGCUCCCUUCAUGGGCGGCGCCUGGGAACGACUAGUGCGCAGCGUGAAAACCGCGCUGGCCGCAACGCUGCAUGAACGAGCCCCGAAAGAAGAAGUCCUUCUCACCCUGCUGGUGGAAGUAGAACACACGCUCAACAGUCGACCUCUCACCCACGUGUCGACAUCAGCAGACGACGAGGACGCACUCACCCCCAACCACUUCCUAUUGGGAGGUCCGUCCCGCGUACCACUGCCGGGAGCUUUCGCUGAGGGCGAUACGGCGGGCAGGAAGGAGUGGCGCGCCAGUCAGUGGCUCGCUGACUGCUUCUGGAGGCGCUGGGUAACCGAAUAUUUACCCCAGCUACAACACCGGCGGGAGCCCCGAGCUACACACGGAGUCAUCAAGUUAGAAGACUUGGUGCUGGUGGCAGACGGCAACUUGCCUCGGAACUCCUGGCCGCGCGGCGUGGUGGUGGCUACGUAUCCGGGACCGGAUGGUGAAAUACGGGCGGUCGACGUGCGCACUAACAAGGGGAUACUUCGGCGACCUACGAAGAAAUUAGUAAUCCUGCCAAUCGAGCAACGCGAACUCGAAUUAAAUACAGCUUAG